AUGGCCUCAUCCAGCAAACCACCCCUAGACGAUACCCGUCGUACGACGGGAUCGCCAAAGAUGAAGACUCGGGGUUGCGCAUUCAACCAUGACCCUCUGAAAGUGAAUACUGCAAACCAAGCAGACAACAAGAAACGAUUCAACGUGGACUCACCAAGCUUCACUCCAUCCAUCCUGUCCAGCAAUGGAACUCCUGUACCCAAAAAGUCAACCACUAUUUCUCCGAAGGCUGCUAGUGCAGCACCAUUUCAGCCUCGUGUCUCGGUGGCAUCGCGGUCCAAUACGAGUACUCCGACGGGACGAACAGAAUUGGGGAGUGCCGACUGGACGGUAGCUGAUGUCCAAGAGUUUGUUCCUCAAGGAUUUGACGGGGCUCAUGUGAGUGCCCUUCAGGGGAAUGGAAAUGGUAUUCAUACCUCGGCGUCCUUCGAUCCAUUCGUGACGACCUCGACUCCUCUAUCCGCCACCGGAGGUGUCGGCUCAGUCUCGACCAACCCUUACACCCACGACCCCACUGGUGCACUCACAGGCGGUGCCUUCUUCGCAAACGGGGGAGGGUUCCAGCAGCCAGUCCAAUACCACCUUUAUGCUCCUAUCGGUCCUCAUAACCAGAACACCUUGGCCUACCAGCGCAACGUCCAUGAUCUUUUCCUCGCCAACGAUUUCCGUGAAGAACUGCAAAAGAAGUCCGCAGCUACUCUGCAAACACUCCCGAAUACGACGCUUCCUGCUCAGGUUGACUAUUUUCACUCUCUCGUGCCGCUGGAUCUAAGCCAUCAAAAGAAUGCCGCGACCUUUGGAUACCCCAGCUGGGUAUACAAAGCCCAGUCCAGCAAAGACGGCAACUUCUACGCUCUGCGAAGACUUGAAGGCUUCCGCUUGACCAACGAGAAAGCGAUUCGGUCUGUCCAAGCGUGGAAGCGUGUCUGUAGUGGCAGUAUCGUCACUAUUCACGAUGCCUUCACCAGUCGCAGCUUCCAGGACAGUUCUCUGAUCUUUGUGACGGAUUACCACCCUCUGUCCAAGACGCUCGCAGAGCAACAUUUGGGUGCUGGCAACCGCUUUCAAGGUCGCCAGAAUAACACCCAUAUUCCCGAGCAAAUACUGUGGGGUUAUAUGACGCAAAUAGCCAAUGCACUCAAGACUCUCCACUCGAACAGCCUUGCGGCUCGCGUUCUGGAAGCUAGCAAGGUGUUAUUGACGGGAAAGAAUAGGAUCCGCUUAAAUGGCUGCGCUAUCCUCGAUGUGGUGCAAUUUGAUUCCCAGCGAACAGUGGCAGAUCUUCAAAGACAAGAUCUCGUCAACUUUGGCCAGCUAAUGGUCACGUUGGGUGCCAACUCACCUAAUGUGAUGCACAACCCAACAAAGGCGAUGGAGCAUUUUACUCGAGCAUACAGCCCUCAAUUGAAGAACUCUGUGUUUUGGCUGUUGAAUGGACUGCAGAAGGACCAGGAUCGGACCAUCGACGUGUUCAUCACCGGGAUAUCCUCCCAAUUGAUGUCCACCUUUGACUCGGCGCUUCAUUUGGAUGACCAGCUCACGUCGGACCUGAGCCGUGAAUUGGAGAAUGGCCGCUUGGUGCGUCUCAUGACCAAGUUGAAUUUUAUCAAUGAGCGUCCGGAAUAUGAACACGACCGACAAUGGGCCGAGACGGGUGAGCGUUACUUCUUGAAGAUCUUCCGAGACUACGUGUUUCACCAGGUGGACAACUCUGGAGAUGCUGUUGUUGAUUUGGGCCAUGUCCUGUCGUGUCUCAAUAAGCUCGACGCCGGGUCGGACGAGAAGAUCACCCUCAUCAGCCGGGAUGAACAGAGCUGCUUCAUCGUCAGCUACAAGGAAGUUAAAAAGGCCCUGGAGUCCUCCUUCCAAGCUUUGAUGAAGCCAACCAGAAGAGCUCACUAG